AGCAUUUAAUAAAAGCUAGCUCCUCUUUCUGUCUUGAGUAGCAACACCAUUUUAACACUGAUGUUUGAAUGGUCAGAACAAUUUUCUUUUUCUUGUCAGUAUAAUCCUGCUUGGCUUCUAGAAGGAAAAUGAACAGAAUUUACUCACAGAAUUUUGAUACGGAUUCACUGGGUUCAACCAAAUCCCAUCUCACUGAUAUGAAAGCAGGUACCACUUAUGACCAACCAGACUGCUGCAGAAAGUGUUUUUCAUGGACCCUUUGCACUCGACGAUGCAUCUGUGUAUCUGCCAUUAGUCUUAUUAUACUUGGUAUCAUCAUUGCGAUCAUCGCAUUGGCUGUGACCGUCGGCAUUCCUCCUCCUACCCCAGUUAACCGUUUAUGUGUGACUACCAGUAAGCAGACAGGCUUUUUAUGUGAUAACAGAGAGACCUGCAUUCCAGCCAGUGAAGUUUGUGACACAAGACAAAAUUGUGCCAAUGGGGAAGAUGAGCAAAAAGCAUUAUGUAGUGAUUUGCCAAAAAGCCUUCCUGGACACUUGAUAUUUUAUUGCAAGAAUCCCAGGCUUUGGAUCUAUGCCGACAAAAAGUGUAAUGGAUUUAAUGAUUGUGGAGAUUGUUCUGAUGAAAUAGGGUCACAAGCCAACUGUCCUCCUUGUGGACCUGAAUCUUGGAGUUGUACCCUGGUGGUCUUCCAUGAUUAUUGUACCUGCAUUCCUAGAAGUUUUUGUCGAGAUGGAAUACAACACUGCUUUGACUGGUCUGAUGAAUACCGCUGUACAAGAUAAGCAGAGGAUGGACUAUAACCUUGGACAAACUAAAAAAAUAAUCCACUGAGAACCAGGCUGUUGUGAAAUUGCAGUUAAUUUUAAAGGGACCUCACAAAGAAUGUUUUAUUCAGUGUUGUUGCUCUUCACAGCAUUUGCCCUGCUUGGUUGCAGGGGCCGUUUGUUUGGCUCUGUAUUCACCUAGUUCUCACAGUGAAGCCAUUUAUCCAUGACAGACAAGAGGAUUUUGAUUUUCACUCAGUUUGCCACAGAGCCUGACACGGCUGUUUCCGGAUCAGCAACUUGCUUACAUUCAGUCUUUAUAAUCUUCAAAUCUUGCACAGAUGCGCAAGUACCAAUAAAAAGCACCUUAUUUGUAAAUGA